AUGGAUAAAAAUAAUAAACCUUACAACACAGAUAGAACUAACUCAGAAGGAACCGGAACACCAGUGUAUUUAGACCAAGUGAAACAAUACAAAGUGAACAUCAGCAUCGACCCAGAGGAAACUCCAGAGUCUCUAAUAUACGAGGGAAAGGAAGGAAAGAUAACUCCUGCGAACGUUUACCCGGGCGGUCUUCCUGAUAAUGUUAAAAUCUUCACUCUGUGUAAAGAGAGGUUUCAGGCUGGUAAACAUUACUGGGAGGUGAAAGUAAGAAAGUCACAGAAAACACUAAAACAAUCCUGGUUUGUUGGUGUAGCGAGUGAUAAAGCUAAGAGAAAAUACAAUGUCCCGUCUACACCACAGGAUGGGUUCUGGGUUCUCUGUUAUGAAAGAGGAGAUAAAGGAGUUUAUAUCAGAGAUCAAACAGAACUGAUUUCACUCCCAGACGUUAAUAAAGAGCUGACAGCAGUGGGAGUGUUUUUAGACUGUGAUACACACACACUGUCAUUUUAUAAUAUUAAUACACACUCACACAUCUACACUUUCACUAAUGUGGACGUCAGAACAUCACUGCGUCCUCUGAUCAGCCCUGGAGUCAGAGACCCUCAUCCUGUAUGGAUUAUUUAGGAGAAUAAAGACAUCUGUAGUAUGAUGUGAGUUUAUAAUGUAUUUAUAUAAAGUGUGUAUACAUACUGUACAUAACACACUCCUAAUUAAAACCAGAGCUUAAAACCAGACAGGAAAAAGGAGAGAUUUGGACUUUAAGUAAGGGACAUGAUGUCCACACCGAGUGUCUCACUAUUACUGCUAAACUGCAGCUGGACUUCUGAUGGCUGGGACUCUUAUAUCGCUUAUUGUGCCGCGUCACCUGGAUUAUCUGCACAUGUUCAUUUACUGAAGUCUCAUUUUAUUGUGACUUUAAACACAGAAAAUAAGACGUGUGGAAAGGAUUUGUUUGUAAAGUUCAUAUAAUGAGGUUUAUAAGUCAUGUGUUUAAUACAUGGAGCAACUGAAUAUUUUAAUA